AUGGCAGCCGUGGCAGCCAUCAUGGCACAACUCAAUGCUAACCACGCCAGUAGACACAAAGAUGGUGUCAGAAAUACUAACCGCAUUAACAAUCAAGAACACCAGCGGGCGUCUACCAAUGAAAAUGCCUCAGGCCACAAGCCUACGAACAAGAAGCAAAAGUUUUGGAACGAAAAGGAGAGCAACCAAUCUCAAAGACUCGCUAAAAGACAACAACCCAUGACCACCCCUACAAUUACGACAGCAGUCACAACACAUGCCUCGACACUAGCCACAGGGUCUGUCACCCAAGCGCCGGCCAGACCAUAUGAGGGAUCACUCCCAAAGUGUAACAAGUGUGGCUUCCAUCACAAUGGGGUUUGUCGUGUGAUGCACUGUAAAAACUGCGACAAGAAUGGUCAUACUGCUUGCUUCUGCAGAAACCAAACCCAACACCUCCCUUCAAUCACCAGUACCAAGGUAGGCCCAGUAUGCUACCUAUGCGGUGAAACGGGACACUUCAAGAGAGAAUGCCCAACUGAGAAGAAUGACGGGCGAGCAGGAGGAGUGUGA